AUUAUUACUCAAAACAGCUUCCCUUCCAAUCUGACUUCAGCGGGGUUUUGUUUUCAGUUCCUGAUUUGUGUUGCCUUUCUCAAAAAACGAAAGAGAGCAGCCCUAACGCUAGAUAGUAACCAGCCAGUGUGCAACAGAGAUGUGCCUGUUCAUCACUGCACCUCCAAUCAGACAGUCUUGUCCUCCUCUUUGUCUUAACUCCUCUACAGUGCAGCCACUUACUGACCCGAGAGAGGCCAGCGCUGGGAGUUGUAGGAAGUGAAGUCCUGUCUCACUAUGUUGUCUUCCUCCCAAGGGAAGCUGCUGCAGAAUGGAGAGAACAAGAAAGUGAUCUGCAUUGAGGGGAACAUCGCCAGCGGAAAGACGACAUGUCUGUCAUAUUUCAGUGAAACGAGCAACAUAGAGGUCCUUACAGAACCGGUCUCUAAAUGGAGGAAUGUCCGUGGACACAACCCUCUGGCUCUGAUGUACCAGGAUCCUGAGCGCUGGGGCAUCACGCUGCAGACCUAUGUUCAACUCACCAUGCUGGAUAGACACCUGUCACCCAUAUCAGCUCCUGUCAGGAUGAUGGAGAGGUCCAUCUUCAGUGCCAAGUACAUCUUUGUGGAGAAUCUCUUCAAAAGUGGGAAAAUGCCAGAGGUGGACUACGCUGUCCUCAGCGAGUGGUUUGAUUGGAUCACAACAAACAUUUCCGUUCCUGUUGAUCUGAUUGUCUACCUGCAGACGUCUCCUCAGACCUGCCACGACAGGUUAAAGGAAAGAUGCAGAGAGGAGGAGAAAGUCAUUCCAUUGGAGUAUCUGGAGUCCAUCCACCAGCUGUAUGAGGACUGGCUCAUCAAGCGUACCUCCUCCCCUCUUCCUGCUCCUGUUCUGGUGAUUCCUGCAGACCAUGACCUCCAGAAGAUGCUGCACCAGUAUGAAGAAAACCGCGACAAGAUUCUAGCAGCUAGCUACCUCUGAUACACAAACACAGUCAAACACAUCCCUGCAUGGAGACUGGAGAUCGAAUAAUGCUGUUCACAGCCAUUGUUACACAGCUCAUCUGUUACAUUUCCACAACCAACUAGAUGUCCGAGAUUCUGAUUUCAAUUUUUAGCAAUUUUUCAACUCAUCUCUCUACAUGGGAUAACUGUCCUGACCACAAAUGUAGAUUAAAGGUAUUCAAACCUACAGGGUGAAGAAGCUCCAGAAACACGUUUGCCACUUAUUAUCAGCUUUUCAUUGAAUUAAAGGAAUUUCCAAAUGUCUCUCCACAGACACAGUCAUUGAGACUGUGAUGUUUAGCUGAUUUAUUCUACUAUGUGUGUAGCUUCUUGUUAGUCUGCUUUUUUUAUCACCAUGUAGUGUAAUGCACUGGAAGUUUAUCCCCAGAACUUAGAUUUUGCUGUCACCCAGGUGUAAUGUGUUUGGAUUUAAAACCUCAAUGAGCCAGAUCACAGGAUGUGGUCAAAUCAGAUUAUCUGCUACAGAAAAAAACCCACAUGUAUACUGUAAAGUGAUUAAUUGAUUUUGGGACCUGAUUGAGACUGUGUAGUGUUCAAAUGUUUGUAAUUCCUUUAAUGAAGCAACCUUUGCUCUUUGUUUUACACAUUUUGCUAUAUUAGAAAGUAAAUAAAAAAAUAAUAAAUAAUCAUAAUUAAGA